AUGGCUCGAUCUGUUUCCUGGCUUGAUGGUGACAAAUCAGAACCAAAGCUUCCAGCAGUCGAUAUUGGCAGCAGAGUCUUUGUUUUUGAAUCCGAUGAUGAAAAGCUAGAUCAUGAGAUAGCAGUCCUACCAUCACGACGGUCCGCUAUUGAGGACGAAGCACCGAUUGUAUUACGACCAAUCCAAAAAUCUCAAGGACUACCUAAUCAAAACGUCGAAGACACUGAUGAGCACGAACCCGUGAUCGAUGUUCACGACACUGGAAAGAACACUACAAUCAAUUUGAGCAUUGAUGUGCAGAUCGACGUCACUGAAGACGUCGCACAGCUAUCUCGAUUGAAUCGUCUAGGAUGGUUCAAUCGCGGGGUGACACUAUACGAAGAGAAGCUGAAACAUCACCUGGACUGUUUCCCAGUGGCUGUCGAUAUGCGGAUCUCCUACUACAACAAGGAGAGAAGUUAUGCUCCGGACGAACAUAUGGUGCUGAAGUCUAUGAACGCGUACGCCGCUAUUUUCGCCAAAGGGACGGUUGAUGAUGCUGUCAAGGCGUUGAAAGGGAUGUCCGAUUAUCUGAAAAAAGAAAAGGCUGAAAGUCUCAAAGCCACCAAGAUUCAUAUGGUCGAACUUUAUUUUCAAAUUUCGAUAUUCAUCAAUGAUAAUAUUUUGCCAGAUUCACUGCCCGACGAUGUAGACUUUGGAUCUAUUGCGUUCCGUGACCAUCCUUGGUUCUUCUUACCACUGAAAUACUCGAGCUGCUUUGUGAUUGGGAAAUGGUACUAUCUACUACGUCAACAGGGCUUCCACUGGGAGUCAUUCCGCUUUUUGCGGCUCSUGCUUGCCMUCUUAAARACGAAUGACUCGCCAUUUGGCCAUCUCGAAUACUUUCUGCAGAUUAGUGUCAGAGACUUAGUUCUCGAAGAAACAUUCUUAACGCUUGCUCAUAUCACGUCUUCUGGCGACGAGCAACAAAUUCUCGCAGAGCUUGCCAGCAUAUCGUCGAUCCGAAGUUUGAUUAUAGACACCACAUCUGAUCUAUACCUCGAUUCUGCUAAGACCUGUUGGCACCAAGAGAAAAGUCUUGCGAGGCUUAUCGUUGAGAGCCAUCCACACUUGUCAACCUCCAGACCAUUUCUCGAAUGGAUUAUGAAGGAGCAUGUCCAUAUAUUUCCAUUUCAAUCCCAGCUGACUGCAAGAUUACGUGGCGACCUUCCGAAUAUGAUACCGCAGAGACGUCAUUCUAUCAAACCUCUUUUGGAUUGUCUUUUGGACUUUGGGGCUAUGCGAAAUACACAAAGAAUGGGCCACGUUGAGACUGCUCAAAAAGUGCUUAAAUGCGCCGAGGAGAACGGCGAUACUCUUCUGCAGCGGACUGUCUUGCAAGAGUUGAUCAUGUUCGAUGAUAGUACAGUGACUAGCCGUCUGCAGAACCUGAUGACGCUUGCAUCUCUACUGGACACAGUUGAUCUGGUCGGUUACAUCGACUAUCUAGUAUUGAGAUACACAACGUUGCAGGAAAUCUCUCCAAAUAUGCAAGCUGUAGAAAGAUCUAAACUGUGUGAAGAAAUCCGGAGAUUCAAUCUACGAUAUCCAUGGGACACUGCAUUCUCACUCCCGCUGUCGGAAUAUAUCAAGGAUAGAAUAUACAUACGCGUUCUCACAGAUCUCCAUCGAGACUCUGAAUGUGUGUCCACGCAGCGAAUACUGAAUGAUCUUAAAUGGCAGUUACCAAGUUACCUCGAGCCCGAGCGAACCUUUUGGUUGUCAGGGGAUCGCCGAUUCGGUGCUUCAGACAUGUUGCACAUGCUACACAUGCAGGAAGAAACUGAUGCACGGCGGAGCAGGCGAUAUCGACCGAGCACUGUCGAUGAUAGAGUGACAAUACUGCCUCCGCCGCGUGGUUUCAAAGAUACAGUGGUUCGUGAUAUAGCCACAGAUGAAGAGAGCCUUUACUCGCCUGUGAGGAUUAUCACUAGAGAACCCAAAUAUCUGAAGAGUGGCGUCAGUCAAUCAAGAAAGUCGGAAGAAGAAAAGGAAGCAGGGGAAGAAGCAGGAAAAGAGGAAGAAGACCAGAACAAUUGGUUUUCCAUAGACAACGGUCUAGCGAACCUAGAGGAUCCCGAUCACAUCAAGGAGGACUACGACUCCUAUGACAACGAGGAUGACGUACACGCCGUCUCUGAGGAUCUCGAUCUCCAGGCCAGCAAGGGGUUCAAGCAAUUCCGGAAAGAGAUGAAUAAAGCCAGUCUCCCCAUCGGGGUGCCACCCGUAACCUGGCGAAGCUGUCCACACGCCGUCAAAUCGACCGAAGAUCAGAUGUCGCAGGAUCAACUGGAUUUAUGGCGCAGCAACCUUGGCCGCCGUGUCGUAAUACCCGUCGUCACCAGAAAGGCAACGGACACCAUCGAGAACACCAUCCUUCGUGGCUACUUUGAUCGUAUGAGAAACCAUAGCUCCCAGUUCGGCCAGUUCGGCAGCGACAUGAUAGCCAAAGCUACUAUCAACUUUGUUUGUAGCUGCUAUGUGGAGUUAGAGCUUGAGGAGCGCAAAGGCAAUGCCAAUGUCAAUCAGUACAAUUCCCUUGACCCCUGA